UGAUUACUGAAUUUCUAAAUAAAUUUUCAGUAUUUCAGCAAAUCGAAAUCGAUGAGUGCAUCGACCCUAAUUCUGCAUCCAGAUCGCCGAUGAUUCGUAUGUUUGGCUUGACAGAGGCAGGGAACAGUGUUUUAUGCUAUGUCAAGGGAUUUCUGCCUUAUUUUUACGUCCCAGCACCAAAUGGAUUUAAAAGUGGCGAUAUUGCUGAAUUCAAGUCUAGUCUCGAACUAGCUCUUCAGCAAGAAACUUCUUCAAGCGGGCGGGAAUUAUUGAAUAAGGUUGAAGUUAAACUUAAAGAAACCAUUCAAGGAUAUCACGGAAAGAAAAAGUGCCCAUUCCUCAAACUUUCCUUUGUCGAUACAAAAAUAUUAAAUAUUGCUAGGCGUAUAAUUGAGGAUGGGAGUUUUACCUAUAAAGGUAGAAGGGUCGGAGAAAUAACAUUUGAGAGUAAUCUUAAAUAUCUUUUGCGGUUCAUGAUUGAUUGUAAGGUAACUGGGGCUAAUUGGAUCGAAUUGCCGCCAAAAUCUUAUCGAUUUUGUGCAGAGUAUGAAAGAUUUUCACACUGUCAGUUAGAAAUUAUUACUAGAUAUGAUCAACUUAUUAGUCAUCCGCCCGAAGGGAAUUGGUUAAAAAUCGCUCCAUUACGCAUUUUGAGUUUUGACAUUGAAUGUGCUGGACGCAAAGGAAUAUUUCCUGAGGCGGCACAAGAUCCCGUAAUUCAAAUUGCCAACAUGGUCACAAUUCAAGGUGAAAAGAACCCCAUCAUUAGAAAUGUCUUUACGUUAAAUUCAUGUGCACCAAUUGUUGCGACAGACGUUUUAGAAUACUAUGAUGAAGGUAAUAUGCUACAGGCCUGGUGCGACUUCGUUGUCGAGGCUGACCCUGAUGUUAUAAUCGGAUAUAAUAUCGCGAAUUUUGAUUUACCGUAUCUAAUUGAUAGAGCUGCUCAUCUGAAAGUUACAAAAUUCCCGUAUUUUGGUACUAGAGUUGAAGUCAGGGAUACUAGAUUUUCUUCAAAAGCAUAUGGAACUCGGGAAAACAAAUCAACCAAUAUCCUUUUACUGAAAAAUUCUAUUAUAAAAGAAUUAUAUGAAAUAAUAUUUGUUAUGCAACGUGACCACAAGCUUAGGUCAUAUACCCUUAAUUCUGUCUGUGCUCAUUUUUUAGGCGAACAAAAAGAAGAUGUCCACCAUUCUAUCAUCACAGAUUUACACAACGGGAACCCCGAGACACGACGUCGUUUAGCAAUUUAUUGCUUAAAGGAUGCUUACCUGCCUCAACGACUUAUGGAUAAGCUCAUGUGUCUGAUUAAUUACUUGGAAAUGGCCCGUGUGACCGGUGUGCCUUUCAACUACCUUUUAUCACGCGGUCAGCAAAUUAAAGUUAUUUCGCAAUUGUAUAGAAAGGCAAUUGAACAAGACUUCGUUAUACCCGCUCGAAAAAACGUAGAAGGGACCGAUGAACCAUUUGAAGGUGCAACUGUAAUUGAUCCAGAAAAAGGAUUUUAUAAUGUUCCAAUCGCAACCCUUGAUUUUAGUUCAUUAUAUCCAUCAAUUAUGAUGGCGCACAAUCUUUGCUAUACGACGUUGAUAGAUCAAAGGGAAAUAGAAAAUUUAAAAUUAAAGAAUGACAGUGACUACAUAAUUACGCCAUAUCAGUCAGCCCGGUUCGUGAAAGCAGAAGUUCGAAAGGGUCUUUUACCAUCUAUUCUUGAAGAUUUACUUUCUGCACGUAAAAAAGCAAAAGCUGAUCUCAAAAAAGAGACUGAUCCCUUUAAAAGAGCAGUUUUAGAUGGGCGUCAAUUAGCUUUAAAGAUUAGCGCAAACUCAGUUUAUGGCUUUACUGGCGCAUCAGCAGGUCAAAUGCCUUGCCUUGAAAUAUCAGCAAGUGUCACGGCGUACGGACGUCAAAUGAUUGAACAAACCAAGCGGGAAGUAGAAAGUCGAUUUACUAUUGAAAAUGGCUAUAAACAUGAUGUUCAAGUUAUUUACGGUGAUACCGAUUCUGUCAUGGUUAAAUUCGGUGUAGACAAUUUAGUCGAAUCUAUGAAACUUGGUCAAGAAGCGGCUGAAUAUGUCACAGGGAAAUUUCUAAGGCCAAUAAAGUUAGAAUUCGAAAAAGUAUAUUUUCCAUAUUUGUUAAUCAACAAAAAACGAUAUGCUGGCCUAUAUUGGACAAAUCCUGAAAAGUGGGAUAAAUUAGACACCAAAGGCAUUGAGACAGUUAGACGUGACAACUGUCUACUUGUUCAGAAUGUAAUCGAAACAUGCUUAAGAAAAGUGUUAAUUGAUCGAGACGUUUCUGGAGCUGUGGCGUAUGCAAAGAAAAUCAUCUCUGAUUUGCUUCAAAACAAAAUUGAUAUGUCUCAACUUGUGAUAACCAAGGCCUUAAGUAAAUCUGACUAUUCUGCUAAACAACCGCAUGUAGAAUUAGCUGAACGUAUGCGCAAACGUGAUCCAGGUUCUGCACCAACACUAGGAGACCGCGUGGCUUAUGUUAUUAUAAAGGGCACCAAAGGCGCAGCCGCUUACGAAAAGUCAGAAGAUCCAAUAUAUGUGCUAGAAAAUAACAUACCAAUUGACACUAGUUAUUACUUGGAAAACCAGUUAUCUAAACCACUGUUACGAAUUUUUGAACCUAUUUUAGGUGACAAAGCGGAAUCUCUACUGUCUGGUGAUCAUACACGCGUCGUUCAACAUACAACACCAACAAUUGGUGGCCUAAUGAAAUUUGCAGUUAUAGUUCCAACAUGCUUGGGUUGUAAAGUUCCUUUAACAAAAGAUGCAGGUACGGUGGUAUGUCGCCAUUGCAAGCCGAAGUUAGGUGAAUUAUAUCAGAAACAAUUGGCUACUGUUAAUGAAUUCGAAACCCGUUUUGCCCGGUUGUGGACUCAAUGCCAAAGGUGUCAAGGAAGUUUGCAUCAAGACAUUCUGUGCAGUUCUAGAGAUUGUCCUAUUUGGUAUAUGAGAAAAAAGGCUCAAAAAGAUGUACAAGAUGCAUCUUCAGUCCUUGAAAAGUUUAAUUGUGAAUGGUAA